CGAAGCGCUGAGUCACGGUGAGGCUGCUUCCCCGCGCCCUCCACGCCCGCCUCCCUGCGCUCCUGCCCGCUGCGAGCCCGCACCGCUGCACAGACUCCAGCCGUCGCCGCGUGACUCAGCAUCAGAACAGUCUCUCUUCGAACAUCAACAUGGUGUCCUCCAAGAAGGUCACCCUCUCAGUGCUCAGCCAGGAGCAGUCGGAAGGGGUUGGAGCAAGGGUCCGCAGAAGCAUUGGCAGACCUGAGUUAAAAAAUCUGGAUCCGUUUUUACUGUUUGAUGAAUUUAAAGGUGGUAAACCAGGUGGAUUUCCUGAUCACCCACAUCGAGGUUUUGAAACAGUAUCUUACCUCCUGGAAGGGGGCAGCAUGGCCCAUGAAGACUUCUGUGGACACGUUGGUCAGUUGAACCCAGGAGACUUGCAGUGGAUGACUGCAGGCCGGGGCAUUCUGCACGCCGAGAUGCCAUGCUCAGAGGAGCCAGCCCAUGGCCUACAACUGUGGGUUAAUUUGAGGAGCUCAGAGAAGAUGGUGGAGCCUCAGUACCAGGAACUGAAAAGUAAAGAAAUUCCUAAACCCAGUAAGGAUGGUGUGACUGUUGCUGUCAUCUCUGGAGAAUCCCUGGGAGUGAAGUCCAAGAUUUACACUCGCACACCAACCUUAUAUUUGGAUUUCAAAUUGGACCAAGGAGCAAAGCAUUCCCAGCCUAUUCCUAAAGGGUGGACAAGCUUCAUUUAUACCAUUUCUGGAAAUACAUAUAUUGGGCCUGAUGACGCACAACAAAAAAUUGAACCUCAUCACACAGCAGUGCUGGGGGAAGGUGACAGUGUACAGGUGGAGAACAAGGAUCCUGAGAGAAGCCACUUCGUCCUAAUUGCUGGAGAGCCAUUAAGAGAACCAGUUGUCCAACAUGGUCCAUUUGUGAUGAACACCAAUGAAGAGAUUUCUCAGGCCAUUCUUGAUUUCAGAAAUGCAAAAAAUGGGUUUGAAAGAGCCAAAACCUGGAAGUCAAAGAUUGGAAACUAGUGAAGAGCCCAGGAGCUGGUCUCGAAGCUUUUGGAAAUGCAUUCAGUUUCCAAAGCUGACUUAGCCAGUGCUUCCAAAGGGUUCCACAAAAGUGACAACAUGGUUUUUAUAGAAAUGUACGUGAGGUAUUUCCUGGCACAUGCAAAUAAACCUAAUUGUUGCUUCUUUAAAAA